AUGUUUAACAAGAAACUUUACUUUGCGUUAUUAACAUUAUUAGUUGUUAGUAAUGUAGUCUGCGGGAAGAAAUCUAGGAAGAACAAACGGCCUAAGGAUCAAGAGGAUUAUACUACCAUACAACCGAAUGUUGUUGCGUAUUCAACAUUCGGGGUUAACGAUGUUGUUUCCUACGAUGGCUUCAUUCCAACCUCACCGGACUACGCCACUUUCCUGAGCGGGGUAAAUCAAGAAUCUACUACAAGAUUAUACGCUCCUGCAUUCCCAAGUUCCAUGGACACAACAGGAUUUGGUGGAAAUUAUGGCGCUCAGGCGUUUGAAGGUCAGUCCUUCGGUGUGAACGAGGUCAACAUGGGCCAACCUGGUGGUAUGUUACAAUAUUCCUCAAAUUCAAUGAACUUCUUCAACAAUCCUAAUUUUGGUACUACUGCUGAGCAAAAUAACAAUAAUGAUUCUGAAGGCGCUAGUGGUCACAAUCACAAUGCAGAAGAAACAGAUUCACCAGUUUACGGUACUAAAAUAAAUUCUCGUCAAAAGUACAGGACUAAUAACACCAGCUUUAAUAGUUAUAGUAAUGGUUACUCUAACUUAUCCGACAACAAAUAUUUACAUUUUCCCGAGCCAGAGCAAACCAAUGAAAAUAAACCCGCAUUUAGUGAAUCUGGUGGCAGUUACCAAAAUACCAAUAAUUUUGUCCAUAAUUAUGAACCGCAAGAAAAUGAAGACUCGGUCGAGAGGUGGAGACAGUCAUAUUUGAAGACUAAGUUAAAAGAUGCACCUGUACGAGAUUACGAAAGUUACGGGUCUGAAACGAAACCUAUGCAUGUGCCGAUUCCGAAGCCGUACCCGAUAGAAGUCCCUCACCCGGUAAUCGUUCCGGUGCCGCGUCCGUUCCCGGUGCGGGUGCCGGUGUCUAGGCCGGUCGCGGUGCCGGUGGUGCGGGAGAUCACCGUGCCAAUCGAGAAGCCGGUGCCAUACCCCGUCUACAAAAAGGUUCCGUACCCGGUAGAGAAGCUAGUCCCUGUGCCUGUCGAGAAAGAGGUGGCAGUGCCAGUUGAGAAACCCUACCCAGUGCAUGUACCAUACGUGAGACCUGUGUUCCACCACACGAAACCAGUGCACGAAGACCCUGAGAAUAUAGAAGAGGAAGACUUCAUGCGUCGACCCGAAUUAAAGAAACCUACUCAGUACAAGAAAAGACCAUACGGAACUCGUUACCGAUCGCGAAGACCAUCUCGUGCAAGUUACCAGCAGGAUCGCAACAGGAGGCGGUGGCCUGAACGUCGUCGUCCAACCCACAGCAUGGAACACAGACAUCAGUCCAGACCAACAGAAUUCCACUCUCCCCCAUACAAACACCGCGAUUAUGAACCUGAAGAAGACGAUGAACCCAGUGAUUACAGAGCUUAUUGUAGGAGAACGGGAAACUGUUGAUAUUUAAAAAUGUACCCUAACAGUAAGGAAAGUCUUGUAUCUAAACUCCCAGUUUU